AUGCCGAGCAAAACUUGCAAAGUUAAAAACAACGCCGAAACGGCCCGGCGAGCAGCCCUCGGAAGGGCUUUGCGCGUGUUGGGCGUAAAGAUCUUCAGGAAGGAGGAAAAGGAAGGCCGGGGAGCGAGCGAGCCGGCGCAAACCGGGCGGGCGAGCCGCCAGCGGCCCGGGGACAGCCCCGGCCAGCGGCCCGGGGACCUCCGCCGGGAGAUUAGCUGUUUAGGUGAUUAUGGGUUUCCUGCUGUUCUAAAGCUACAGAAUGGCAAAUUAGGAGCUCCUGAUUUUGAUUUGCAGAUUGAGAGAGCUCUGAGCAGCAGUCUGUACAAGAGCGCAUCGCCUUAUGGCUCUCUCAAUAACAUUGUGGAUGGGUUAAGCUCCCUCACCGAGCAUUUCUCUGACCUAUCCCUUUCUUCAGAAGCCAGAAAACCCAGCAAGAGGCCACCUCCUAACUACCUGUGCCACCUCUGCUUUAACAAGGGACACUACAUUAAAGACUGCCCACAGGCUCGUCCAAAAGGAGAAGGCCUGACUCCAUACCAGGGCAAGAAACGCUGCUUUGGUGAAUAUAAGUGCCCCAAAUGCAAGAGAAAAUGGAUGAGUGGAAACUCCUGGGCUAACAUGGGACAAGAAUGUAUCAAGUGCCACAUUAAUGUUUAUCCUCACAAACAGAGACCCCUGGAAAAGCCGGACGGCCUGGAUGUUUCGGAUCAGAGCAAAGAACAUCCCCAGCAUCUGUGUGAGAAGUGCAAAGUUUUGGGCUACUACUGCCGCCGUGUGCAAUAAACCUUCAAAGUGGCCUCUUCCCGUCCCCAUCAUCCUUAAAGAUCCUCUGGCAGCAUGCGAUCAACAGCAACACAACAAAUCAAGAUAAAAGCUAAAAUAAUUGCCAAUAUUGCCUAUCUAAUAAUAUGCCUUACCAUUAAUAGAAUAUAACAUUUCUCCUGUGCGUGCGCACG